AUGGCGACUUCCAUGAAACUUUGUGGUUGUCUGACACAUUUACCGAUUCCAUGCGUAAAUCAGUGCUCAUUAUGUAUCAAGAGACUUUUCUCAACCACUUCAAUUGUCAAUGGCGGUAAAAUAACCAGAGAAAAUGUAAAUAUACAUAAAACCGUUGCAAAGAAAAAGAAUUUUGCUGAGUUUUUAUCUGAGCAUAGAGAUCAGGCAAAUAGAAGUAUACUCGUCCGGCUUAGAGGUGAAGGCGUGGAAAAGGGGCUGAUAAACUAUUGUUCUCAGCUUGGAAAAUUAAGGAACUCAUUUACAUACACAGGAGAUGGUCUAUAUGCUGUUAUAGAAUUUGAUGAUUCCAGUAGUAUACAAGAAUUACUGAAUAAAGUUAAACCCAAAAAAUCUCAGAAGAAAUCAUCAUUUCAAUCUCGUCUAUUAAAUUUCUCUGGUGGUAGUGAGUCCAAAAGUAGAACGAAGACAAAUUACGAAACCCAACACAGCAUAGAGCAUUUACAAAUUAAUUUUCAUCAGAAACUACAAGCUGCUAAUUCAGUUGAUGAACAAAUGAUGAUUUUAACAAAGGAACAAGAGCUGGCUGAUGAAGAUUUACACAAACGAUUCCUUGUGUGUUCUUUGAUUGAAGAAGGCAUAGAAAAAAUUGUUCCAAAUUGUACAAUCUAUCCAUUUGGUUCUACAGUUAAUUCCUUUGGUAAAGCAGGAAGUGAUCUUGAUAUGUAUAUGGAACUAGGUUCCCAAAAUGGUGUUGUUCCUGUGAAAACGGGAAGAAAUAGAUUUCAGAUGGUGUUUGACACAAAAUCAGCAUCUUCUGAAAGGGCUGCAACACAGCAGACACUCGGUACAGUAGCAACGUUUUUACAAGAAAAUGUACCACACUGUGUGAGUGUGCAAAGGAUACUGAAAGCAAGAUGCCCGAUUGUGAAAUUUCACCACAAGGCAGCAAAUCUACAGUGCGAUCUCUCUUCAAACAACAGCAUUGCAACAAAGACCACAGAAUUGCUGUAUCUCUAUGGCAAUUAUGAUUCAAGAGUACGCCCUCUAGUGUUUGCAUUUAGACAUUGGGCAAGAUACAAUGGUAUCACAACAAGUUGCCCCGGACCGUGGAUUACCAAUUUUGGGAUAACUUUGAUGGUAAUUUAUUUCUUACAAACUAGAUCGCCAUCAGUUGUGCCUACAUUAGACUAUUUAUGUGCAAUGGCAGAUUCCUCUGACCAGUGUAUUGUGGAUGAUGUUAACUGUACAUUCCUCAGUGAUAUCAAUAGUAUACCCACAUCACUCAAUACGCAAUCAUUAGGUCAACUUAUGUAUGAAUUCUUUGACUUUUAUGCAAGAUUCAACUUUCAAAAGUUUGCUAUUUCUCUAAGACGUGGUGACAAAUUUCCUAAGCCGGAGGAUUACCCAUUGUACAUUGAGAAUCCAUUUGAAGUUGAUUUGAAUGUUACAAGGAAUGUACAUCCAGACCAACUCAGUCGCAUUGUGGACAGAAUGCAGGAAGCUGUGUGGCUUAUAGAACAACAUGGACUCAGGAAAACAAAUAAUGAUGAUGACAUCCCUCCAUGGGGACUUGCUGCACUGCUGAUGGACUUCAGAAAAGCUCAGCGUAAAGGAAGAACUGAAUCACUUCUUUUGACUGAAUACUUAUCACCAAUAUUUCAGUCUCUUGCAGAGACAAAUGCAAGGACAGAUUUGAAUAACGGACAAAUGAAGGUGAUAUCCAAAAGAAACAAAGUCAAUGCAGCAACGAACAUUAAGAAAGGAAAGACCAAAGCAUUGUUGUAG